AUGUCGGACAACGCCGGUUUCUUCAAAAGGACAUCAGAGGCCGUCGCAUCUGCUGGUGCCUCCGCCGCCGGGGCCGUCUCGGGCAGUCUGUCCCUGGGGGCCAAUGCUAGCCACAAGAAGACGACCUCGACCAAAACCAGAGUGCCUAUCGACAAUGGCUGGCAGCAGGGGCAGCAGCAGCAGCAGCAGCAGCAACGGCAACAGCCGAUCACGAAUGGCGCGGGUCAGCCGGCCCAAGGACGAAUCACGACUGGAGGCCUCGGUGAGCAGAAGCGCUUGACAGACGCGCAGUACGAGGAGCGGAUGGAAGACGAGUACGCGAAGAGGGAGGGCGGCGCGUGA